UUGCGUCGACGAAGGCGGCAUCUUGGAGGCCAACCUUGACGCGCUCGUUGCGAUUCUCACCCGCGUCGGCGCCAAGGUCUCGGCAUCGGCAGUGCUCGCGCUGGAAGACGUCCUUCGCGGUCACCUCGUCACGAACUGUGACCUCCUCCGUGUGCGCGCGAGCAACGACCUUGCCCUCACGCUCUCGCUCGGCAGCGAAAAACAUCAUACGACCACGCUUGCGGUGCCGGUCAUUCCGACGCUUGUGGCGCUUGCCCGCGACGAGAACCCGCUCGUCAAGUCGUCGAGCUUCACAGCGCUUGGCCUCGCGGUCAAGGUCGGCGCGGCGCUUGUGUCGGUGGACGUUGUCCAGGCGCUCGCUAUGGGGUUCUCGGACACCGCCAACAAGGUCGUCAACCGCACGGCUCUGCGCAUCUUCAAGCGCAUGGCCAAGGUCGUCCCGAAGCAUGUGCACCAGCACUCGGGCACGCUCGUGCCGCCGAUUUUUGCGCUCAUCGAGAGCCCAACAUCAACAUCAAGCUCGACGCUCACGGAAUACUGCGCAAGCGCCGAGCAAGGCAAGCUCCUCGCCGAGUACGGCCGCCAUGUUCUCUCCAAGCUCAAGAUCAACGAAGACGACGGCGACGACGAAGGCGUCGAGUAG